UGUGCGUGAGCGAAUGUGUGCGUGUGUGUGUGUGAGAGUGUGUGCGUGAGUGUAUCUUCUUUUGGGAAGUGCCAUCCACGCGUUGUGUUGCAUUCUGUCCCUGAGAUCCAAAAGACCCGCGAGGAGCCGCAGCAGCAGCAGCAGGGGCCCUACAGGAGAGCUACAGCCAUGUCUUCCAGCCCAGCGACGGCGCGCAUCCUGAUCAAGGGCGGCAAGGUGGUGAACGACGACUGCACCCAGGAGGCCGACGUCUACAUCGAGAACGGCGUCAUCCAGCAGGUGGGCAAGGAGCUGAUGAUCCCGGGCGGGGCCAAGGUCAUCGACGCCACGGGGAAACUGGUCCUCCCCGGGGGCAUCGACACCAGCGUCCACCUGGAGGAGAGCUUCAUGAACGCCACCGCGGCGGACGACUUCUACAGCGGCACCAAGGCGGCUCUAGCAGGGGGCACGACGAUGGUGAUGGGCCACGUCCUGCCGGAGAGGAACGAGUCCCUGCUGGACGCCUACGAGAGGUGCCGCGGCUCGGCGGACCCCAAAGCCUGCUGCGACUACUCGCUGCACGUGGGCGUCACGUGGUGGGGACCCAAGGUGCGAGCAGAGAUGGAGCAGCUGGUGAGGGAGGAGGGAGUGAAUUCCUUCCAGAUGUUCAUGGCCUACAAGGACACGUUCAUGCUGAGGGACGGCGAGCUCUUCCAGGUGCUGCAGCACUGCAAGGACAUCGGAGCCAUCGCCAGGGUGCACGCCGAGAACGGGGAACUGGUGGCCGAGGGUGCAAAAGAAACAUUGGACCUGGGCAUCAGUGGCCCGGAGGGGAUUGAGAUCAGCAGGCCGGAAGAGUUGGAAGCGGAGGCGACCCACAGGGCCAUUACCAUCGCCAACAGGGCCCACUGCCCGAUCUACCUGGUCAGCGUGUCCAGUAUGUCUGCAGGAGACGUCGUCGCGACAGCCAAGAAGCAGGGCAAAGUGGUCCACGCGGAGACGACCACGGCCCACGCCGUGCUGAGUGGCAUACAGUACUACCAUCAGGACUGGGCGCACGCCGCCGCCCACGUCACCGUGCCGCCGCUGCGCCUGGACCCCAACACCCCCAAUUACAUGAUGAGCCUGCUGGGGAACGACACCCUGAACGCCGUGGCGUCCGACCACCGGCCGUUCACCGUGAAGCAGCGCGCCAUGGGCAAGGACGACUUCACCAAGAUCCCCCACGGCCUGCCCGGCGUCCAGGACCGCAUGAGCGUCCUCUGGGAGAGAGGAGUGGUCGGAGGGAAGAUGGACGAGAAUCGCUUUGUCGCGGUGACGAGCUCCAACGCGGCCAAAAUCUACAACCUCUACCCCAGGAAAGGGAAGAUCAUCCCGGGAGCAGACGCCGACGUGGUGGUCUGGGACCCCGAGGGAUCCAAGACCAUCUCUGUGAGCAACCAGGUCCAGGGAGGAGACGUGAACCUGUACGAGGGUCUCCGUUGCCAUGGCGUUCCCCUGGUAACCAUCAGCCGCGGCCGCCUGGUCUACGAGAACGGCAUCUUCGCGUGUGCCGAGGGCUCUGGGAAGUUCUGCCCCCUGAGGACGUUCCCGGACUACCUCUACAAGAAGAUGGUCCAGAGGGAAAAGUGCCAGGCUGUGAAGGCCGUGGAGCGGGAGCCCUACACCGGUGAAGUGGUCCCGGUGCUCAACUCCGGGAAGCGGGAGCCGGGGGUUUCAGAUUUGGACACGCCCACGCGCCCCCGCACCCGGCACGGGGGAGUGAGGGACCUCCAAGGGUCCAGCUUCAGCCUGUCCGGUGCCCAGAUCGAUGACAAGGUUCCAAAGAGGUCCUCGGCCAGGAUCCUCGCCCCCCCCGGAGGGAGAUCCAGCGGGAUCUGGUAACCAAUCAGACGGUGGGACCUCGCGCGAGGCGGCAGAACGCCGCCCGGAAAGGGAAACAUGUGGCCGAGCGGGACCAUAUAUUAUUUCUUCCUGGAAGCUUAGAAUACGUUGUGUGUUGGGUUGAUGAUGUCAUGUUUUGUUAUUUGGAACUCAGCACAGUUACAUAGGAUUGUAAAACGUUAAAACUGUGUAACAUUUGCUGUGAUAAUAUGGUCGUGUGUCAGCAAGAGAAACCGUUGCUAAGUUAUUACGGCUAACGCAUUUCGGUAAAAAAUGUCGGAUCGCGUUUAGUGUGGAAAAAAAUGUGACUGAUAGGAUUUUGAAGGUGAGUCGUGUUUUUGUUUUUUUUACGAUGCGAUUGAGUUACCUCACUGUAAAAAUACGAUUUUUGCACUUGUAUCAUGUAUUUAGAUGCCUUUUUACUUUAUUUAAAUGUCAUAAAUGUCUUUUUAACGCCAGCCCCCACCCGAGAACGAAGUGUGAUGAUGAGUUAUUAGCAUGACAUUAAUAAUUUAAAAAUAUAUAUAUAUAGUUGAUCAACUGAUGAAAAAAAUGCAUAAUGCCAGCUUUUUUUAACGUUUGUUAAUUUAUUAUUUAUAUUGCAUUUUUUCUGUCGAUGCUACCGUGUUAGAAUAAUUUCCUAUGUGAGAAUGAGGUCGUCAUAUUAGCAUUUUUCAGAUCAUGUUUACAGCCUUACAGCAGAAUGGACUUCUGUACCCCCCCCCCCCCCCCCCCCGCCACACACACACACACACUCCCCACCCAAUGUGAAUGAACCACUGUAAUCUGAAAUGCUGUGCAAUGUUACGCAUGCAUUCCUUAAUAUAGCAUAUCAAUUGUUUUCCACACACACACACAGAGAGAGAGCAAAAAGUCUCACCCAAACUGCCGUUUUUCUCACCCCGAGAACACACCGUCCGUCCCCCUUCUUUUUCUACUGUGGGUGGGGGUCAAAGGUUACGCUGACUCUAACACACACGCCACUGAGAAGCAAUUAGAGAAGGUGAAAUGAUUCUUUCCUGAGGGGAUCGACCGCUUUCACACAUGUGUAUGCCCCCGAAAGCUCAGCAUCAUAACAGGAAGAAGGCAUGCUCGAAGCCCCGCUCUACUAAUACUGUAUUUGUUAUUGUUUGUUUUUUAGUCACGUCCUUUUUCUUGUGAAUAAUUGUCUUUUUUUUCUUGGUCGAAACUGAUGCACACAAGAUUUUGUAACAUGUUUAUUAGACUGCGUCAUCGCGUGACACGACAGGUUCCCCACGCCAUCGUUUUGGUUUCUUUUGGGAUUUCACUUCCAGAGAAGCUCCAGUGACUCGUUUUCUCCGUCGUCCCCCACACUCCCCAAAAUGUCCACUGGUGCCGAACAAUGUGUCGUCGCAUUGACUUCCUUUAUCUUCUUGCAGCUCCUUGUCACAUGAUUUGAGUGCAUAUAAACCACAAUGAGAUAUA